AUGUCCACGAUACAUGGGAAAUCUGGGUGGAGUGAAGGCAGUGACUUUACGAACAAUUUCAUCUCCGACCUAGGUCCAUUGCUUGCGCUCUUCGGAGAACAGGUCGCCAAACAGUUCAUGAGUGAAUCAAUGGGUUGGGCCGACAGCAUUAUAUUCGCGAUGGGACCUUUGGGCAUCAUCACCGCCAUCGUUGGCGCAAUAAGGGUUGGGGGACCAAGCUGGCUCAAAGCAAUUAUUGGAAGGGCUAGGGAAAAUCGCGCGGUUGCAGAAGUGGAGCUGAUGUCUUCAACGUCGCAUGAAGUUUGUGAACUGUGGAAUGGACAACAAAUUGUGAGGAUAAUGGGGUCGCCAGAGAUCAGAGAAUUGAUCCGUAUCGAUAAGAAAGCUAAGGCCAGGAGGUCAGAGGGGCAUGCAGAGAUGUCAUCGAUCUUUACGACGUUGGAACAAGCCAUGAAAAAAGAGAUGGUUUCAAAAGUAAAAGAGGAGAGUAGUUUCCCAUGGUUAUCUCCACCUUGGAAGAUUACACAAGACUUUACACCUAAGUUGAAAACCAAUACCGUGUGUCCUGAGGCCCAAACCUCCCUGUCCCAACAAAACCCCGAGAUUCUACCAAGACCAGAGAUCCAGCAGACCAACGGGGGUCAUCAACCUCCUAGCGGUUCACAGAAAACCCAUGCCCCACAAAACCCUAUGGAGAAGCCUGUUAAGAAAAGCGCUCCGAACAUAUCUCUCAAUAUCCAUGAUCAUAGUAGAAGGCAUGAGCUACAUGUCGUGGCCGUGGUUGGAACGGCCCUACAAUUGUUUGUCCUGAUAUACGGUGGCUUUGCUACUUACCAUCCCCAGCUCAAGUAUCAAAAGGAGGGCUCAGAUAUAGCAGUCUAUGCUUUCCCUCUCACAUCGAUUGGUACCUUAUUUCUAGUGGUUGGCCUGCUCAAAAAUGCAACUGUAGGGGAUCAGGAAUUCGAUUCUUAUGCAAUUUUUGCAAAGGAUAAACGCAAUAUCAUUACAACGUCACGUCGGAAUAACGACAACGACCCCUCCGAUCCAUCGAAGAACGGAAGUUCUACUAGUUCGGAGGUUUUAAGCUCGGCAGGAACAGUAAUAACCUUAUGCGGAUUUUUUGGGCAAUUUAUUGGCCUUCGUAGUUUACAUUGGUCUAUUACUUUAGCACAGCUUGGGCUCACUCUUAUAAUGGCGGUCCUGAGAGCAUGGGUACGUCGCGGACUUGCAAAGCGUCCGUACAUUCAAUUGUUGCCCCCAAAGCAUGAGAUUGACUGGCUUGCAACGCGAAUUACACACGAAACGUGUGAUCUUUGGAGAGAGUCUGGACCCUCACUCACCCUGCCUUAUUGGAGGAAAGCUUGGGAUAAAAUAUGUAUGCGACAGGAACCACCAAAGAUCGCUCCGGAAGAACCUGUUUGGAGUAGACAUUGUUUCGAUUGGGACAUAAUGACUGGCGAAGACGCACACGGAUACGAGUCUUUGAGCGUAGAGAUCCCAAGCCGGAGAAUCGGGAGAAUGAAUCAAGUCGUCCAAAGCCGGAAAGAACUAGGGUGGUUAACAAAGUGGCCCGGCUCUGGUCGCGAUUAUGCAACUUCCGUAACGGCUGCGAUUGAUCUGGUCAUGAAUACUCUCAUGAGUUGGGAUGGGGAAAAGUGGAGUGGUGAUGUCGCCGAAAUUGAAGCAACACUGUCCUUAUGGCUCUAUAAAGUACGCGAAGAAGAACAAGCGAAUUAUGACGAUAACGACAAGAGUGCAUGGCUGAGAAGUGAAAUGCCAUCGAAGCGGCAAGGUUUGCGGCUUCUUGGGAAAAGUACGAGGUCUUCCCGCCGAGACAUGAAGUGGUGGAUUGGCGGAGGUAUUUCGAGAAUAUUUCAAGUGAGUAUGCCAUCCAUAGCUGAGGAUGGCAUGAACACUGAAGGUCUAGAUACUAUUAGCACUAAAGUUCUUGAAACGAUCACGGUCGAAAAUCAUUGUGUCGUUGGGAUUAGAGACCAGGACAGGGCUUCGGGCCCUCCAAUAUCACAAAGCCGGUCGGGAUCAAUGAUAUAUAAAAUUCAACCGUUCCCUGAAGAUCUUACCACUGAUCUUUCAAGUUUGGACAAAAACACCAAGCUUGUUACACCCAACCCAGAAAGAGGUUUGGUCCGCGUUUGGGACCAAGAAGAUUCCCGGUUUAGCCUGGCUGUUGUAUCAGAUGCCCCCAUUGGCUUACUGUUUGCUCAGGAUAUGUUUUCAAGUUUUAUGUGGGCUGUGGCCAAGACUGCCAGUCGAGAGCAGAUGGCGCACCUGAUGGGACCGGCAACGGUCCAAAAAGCUGAGGAUGUCACUAGCACCAAAAAUGCUGCAUGGAAGUCAUUUACACUGAAGAACCCCAUCCUCUCGAAACUUGUUCAGGGUAUACAAAGAACUGGGCUAGGCAGCCAAGAAGAAAUAUAUCUCAGCAUUAUCCCUCCCCUUUCUGCAAACGGAAGACUACCUGACCCUACUGCGGUGGUUCAGUCAGCGCGAGAAGAGGCGAAAAAGCAAGAGUUGACGGGGCAAUUGCAAAGGGCGGGAGAGGUCUAUUUAUGGACUUUACAUGCUUGUAUGUCCUUUGGGCAUAAGCAUACUGUUGCUAUUGAAGCCAGUAUUGCGAUGACAGAGUUUAUUCGGUCUAUAAGUAUCACAGCUCAAGACAGGGAACACCAAAGCCGCAUUGUUGAAUCAUCCAAACGUCUGAAAGAAAUUCGAUCCAGGCUCGCCGCUGUGUUGAUUCAAUCAUCGUCUCCUCCUGUCCUGGGCAUGCUAGCAAGAAUGUACGAUCUUCAAUGCCGGGAUGAAGGAUGCAAUGAAUGGAUGCUAAAAACAAAUACUAUAUUCCCGAAUGUCCACACGCUAGAUCUUCUUAACUCCGACCUUCUUUGUCGUACGAAAUUGCACGAGGCCGUGAUACGUGGAGAGAAAAGGCUUGCCCAUUUUCAGGAACACUACGCGUCUGUAUAUUACAAUCACCUCAAAACAAAGGAUAUUUUUGGAUGGACCCCGCUACACUAUGCGGCACGGUUAGGGGAUCAAAAGAGUUUCGAUAUGCUUUUGCAAAGCCAUGCAGACGUCAAUUCAACGGAUAUUGCUGGCUGGACACCUUUGCACUAUAUCAUCUGGGCACGCUGCGUGCAGCCAGAUAUUUAG